ACUUUCUCGUUCUCUGUCAGCGUAGUGCACGAGCUAAGUUGCAACAGCAAUGGCCGCGAGUGGAGUUUUUAGAGCUGGUCUUUUCAAUCACAAAGUUGCAAUUGUAACUGGAGGAGCAACUGGCAUAGGAAGAGCGAUUACAGCUGACUUACUUCAGUUAGGUUGCAGUGUAAUAAUUGCCUCCCGUAAAUGGGAAAGGCUAGAAGCAGCUGCCAAGGAGCUAGCCAGUGUAAUUCCUCCAUCCAGCCCAGCAAAGGUGACUCCUGUGCAGUGCAACAUUCGGAAGGAAGAGGAGGUAAAAAGCCUUAUAAGGGCUACCUUAGACCUCCAUGGUAAACUUGAUUUCCUGGUAAACAAUGGCGGUGGUCAGUUUUUCAGUCCUGCAGAACUGAUUAGUUCCAAGGGCUGGGAUGCCGUGAUUAACACCAACCUUACAGGCACGUUCUACUGCUGCAAAGAAGCUUACAAUGCUUGGAUGAAGGAGCACAGUGGUACCAUUGUGAAUAUUAUUGCAAAUAUGUGGAAAGGGUUUCCUGGUAUGAGUCACACAGGAGCAGCUCGUGCAGCAGUAGACAAUUUGACAAAGACUUUAGCCAUAGAGUGGGCCCACACUGGAGUCAGAGUGAAUGCCGUAGCCCCGGGAGUAAUUUUCUCUGAAACAGCUGUCGAAAACUACAAAGAAAUGGGACCAGUGAUGUUUGAAAACUCUAUUCCUAGAAUUCCAGCUAAGAGACUAGGACUUCCUGAGGAGGUGUCAUCUGUAGUUUGUUUCCUGCUGUCUCCUGCUGCCAGUUUUAUAUCUGGAGAGACAGUGAAGAUUGAUGCAGGACAAAGCUUGUACAGUUCCACUUGGGAAAUACCUGACCAUGACAGGUGGCCCCCAGCACCAGAAGGACAUAAUUCUGACGCAGUAGCAAAGAUGCUUAAGAAAACUGGUUCAUCAAAGCUUUGAAGUCGCUAAAAAGAUGCUUGUCUCUCUGAAAGAGAGCGACAGUUUUACUGGAAUCUUGUAUGAAAGUUUGUUUGAUUAUUAUAAACUGCCAAAUCUGUAUUGUACGUACCUAAUUAAUAUUGUACUGGCACUA